ACCCCUAUAUUCCCCAUACCCAGGAGCAGCAGCAGGGUUAUGGGAUCACGUCCAUCCCGAUGGCGCUGGGAUCCGUCCGGGACGGGGAACGACGCAGCUUCCAAUUGAUCACCCCAUAUGGCAGCUUCAGCUUCGUGGCCCCAUCCCAUACCUCCAAGCAGAGCUGGCUGUGUGCCCUACAAGCCGCGGUGUCGUCAUCCCUGUCCCAUUAUGGGGCGGCCGAGCGUGUUUGGGGUCAGGAAUCCAACAGGAGCUGUGCGGACUGCGGGGCCCCACAACCAACGUGGGCCUCCAUCAACCUCUGUGUGGUCAUCUGUGAUAAAUGUGCUGGGGAGCACAGGGCGCUGGGCCCCAACGUCAGCAAAGUGCGGAGCCUCAGGAUGGACAGGAAGGUGUGGACUGAAGAGAUGCUGCAGUUACUGUGUGCUUUACCCAACUCCGUGUCCAAUCGAUUCUGGGCCGCCCAGGUGCCACCCACUGAGUCCAUCAGUGCAAUGAGCCACAGCGCCGACAGGGGGCGCCACAUCACAUACAAGUACCGGCACGGCAGGUACCGGCGGUACCACCCCAUGUACGGGGACCAGAUGGAGCUCAAUAGGGCGCUGUGUAUGGCCGUGACCACGAGUGACGUGGCAGAGACUCAGUCCCUGUUGUUCUGUGGGGCCGACGUGUCCUGCCCCACAGGGGACCCCCAAUGUCCCACCCCAUUGAUGCUGGCGCAGCGCAGCGGGCAGAGCCUGCAGGCGGAGAUCCUACAGCACAACCUCAACACCGUGCCCCCCAGCCCGGACUUUGGGGUCAAUAUGGCGGAUCCCUACUCGGUGCUGCCCCCCAUUGUGACCCACAGCGGGUUCCUCUAUAAGACCCCGUCAAUGGGGAAACCCCACAGCGACAGGAGGGGGGUGGAAGAUUUCAGCCGCCGCUGGGUGUCCCUGCAGGACGGGCUGCUGAGUUACUACGAGAGCGAACGACACCCGGCCCCGAAUGGGGAGAUCAGGAUGAACGACGUCGUGUGUCUGGUCAACAACCCGCCCCACAGCCACGGGCUGCCGUUCACCUUCGAGCUGUACCUGGACUCGGAGCGGCUCUACCUGUUCGGCCUCAACGACCCCAAUGAAGCCCAGCAAUGGCUGCGAUCCAUCGCCAAGUCCUUGGUCCCCCCGUGCCCCGAUCAUCUCCUGACCCACAACUUCGACCGCCUGGGGAAGCUCCAUUAUAAAGGGGGGCUGAACCUGGAGCCCCCCAAGUUGGCCUGGUUCGCACUUGUGGGGCACACGCUGUGGGUCUGCCCCAUAGACGGGCAGGAACAAGAGGCCGUUCAGCUCAGGAAGCUGCAGGAGCUCACCAUCCAAGGGGACAACGAGGUGCUGGUGCUGGUGGAGAGGAGGAGGACCCUGUACAUCCACGGGGAGCGGCGGCUGGACUUUGUGGGGUGGCUGCAGGCCAUCCAGGGGGCAGCGGGCAGCGGGGGGGACACACUGGAGGAGCAGCAGCUGACGGAGGGGGACGUCCCCGUGUUG